AUACAAAUAGUGCAUGUAUGGGCGUUGUCAAAGAAAAUUACAAUUGCAGUAAAGACAUUUUAAAAUUAGAGAAUAUAUGCUGAAGGAACAUAGACAGUGAUAACUAAUUAAAUGCAUGCAAAUAAAGGAUGAGUAACAAUAGCGUGGCUAUGUAUGCCGAGUAACCGUGCAGUCUGCCAACAGACAGGGUUACGACUCAUUAAAAUAGUCGAAAUGUCACGAAAGUUAUUUCCUCUAGUCCAAUAUUUUUUUAAACACGAGCUAAAAAAGUUUUUUACCCGGGAUUUAUGCCAAGACGUGACUCGAGGAGGAGGGGAAGUAGUAGAUUUGAAUGACAUCUUACUAAGCACCACCGAGCACAUUCAGCACAACUAGAGUCACAUGACCCUUGCUUCGGAGGUGAGACCAGUUGACAGUUCAGUUGCUGUGUGUGAAGACAGCGUGAACUUUUAGAAGACCUGCAGUCCUUGCCACGACCAUGGCGACCAGAGCAUGUUUUGGAGAGAGUUUAGAAUCGUGGCUGAACAAGGCCACAGACCCAGCUAACUCCGAAGACAAGUGGGACUGUAUACAAGGCUUCUAUGAACAGGUCAACCUAACGGAUGAUGGUCCUCAGGUUGCCACUCGUCUGCUGGCCCACAAGAUCCAGUCUCCUCAACAGAGAGAGGCUCUGCAAGCCCUGACUGUUCUAGAAGCCUGCAUGAACAACUGUGGCAAGAGGUUCCACAGCGAGGCGGCGAAGUUCCGAUUCCUAAAUGAGCUCAUUAAAGUUCUGUCACCAAAGCACCUGGGUCCGUGGACCAGUGAUGAGGUGAAGUUGAGGGUGACGGAGGUUCUCUACAGCUGGACUCUGUGGCUUAAAGAAGAACCCAAAAUACAGGAGGCCUACCGCAUGCUGAAGAAACAAGGUGUUGUGAAGAAGGACCCCAAACUCCCUGACAUAAUAGUUAUGCCUCCACCCAGGCAGAGACCAGAAGACUCUGUCUUUGACCAGGAGAACAAGGCUCAGUUGUUAGCCAGACUACUGAAGAGCAAUAGGCCAGAAGAUUUACAGACCGCAAACAGACUGAUCCAGAACACCAUUAAAGAGGAGCAGGAAAAGGCGGACCGUGUAUCUCGGCGGAUGUCCACUCUGGAGGAAGUAGCUAGCAGCACAAGGCAGCUGAAAGAGCUGCUCCAAAAACAACCAAACAGCUUCAAUGGGCCAGAACAGCAAACUGACUCCAUGAAGUCUCUGUACGACCGCUGUGAUAGGCUCCGACCCAACUUGUUCCGAUUGGCCAGCGACACCAUCGAUGACGACGAAGCUUUAGCUCAGAUCCUGCAGGCCAAUGACGACCUGACCCAGGUGCUCAUCAUGUAUAAGGACACCAUGUCGAGGAACAACGUGAUUGGAGGAGCAGGAAAAGGGGGAGUUGGAGGAGAAAGGGGUGGGGAGCGCUCCACAGAAAACGGUCCCAUCAGCCCCAGGGAGAUCAAGAGUUACCAUCUCAUCGACCUGUCAGACCUGGACAGCCCCCAGGCUUACACUCCCGACCAGUCCCCUCCCAAACACACGUCCUCACCUCCUUACAGCGUCUCCUCCCCCUACUGUCCCCGCUCCACCUCUCCUCCUCCCUUGGCCUCUCGCCACAGGAUCCACAGUGCUCUCAUAUCUCUGGCUGAUCUGGACCUUGCAGGGCCGGAUGAUCCAAAGAGUCCAAAGGGCACCAGUGGAACGCACCACGAAGAACUUCUCCAGCUGAGAUGGGAGGAGAAUGCAGGGAGAGACCAUUUCCUGACCACAGGGGGGUGUGGAGGGAGAGACCAUAACCUGACAGCCCGGGGUUGUGGCAGUGGCUCUUCAAACGGGACAGACUGGUGUGAAACCUUUUUCAGGGCGUUCCCUCAACACCUGCCACUUACCACGUCAGGAUCUCCAUCCAAGUCCCAGCCGAAGACAGCGACGGGAUCCCCGGGGAAGUCAGAGAGGCUCCCCGAAUCCUUUUCAGAGAUUCACGUCCCUCUGGAAUCCAUUAAACCAAGUCGACUAGAGCCGAUCACAGUAUACGACCAGAACGGCGUCCAUGUUUCCCUCCAUUUCGCCAAAGACCCGCCUCCAGGACACCCAAGCAUUGCUGUGAUUGUUGUCUCCACGGUGAACACCUCGGCACUUCCUGUGAAAGACUUCCUGUUUCAGGCCGCUGUUCCAAAGACCAUGACAGUGAAGCUCCAGCCGUCAUCAGGGAAAGAUCUACCCCCCUACAACCCACUGCUGCCUCCUGCUGCUCUCUCACAGAUCCUGCUCCUCUCUAAUCCUCACGGACGUAAGGUGCGUCUGCGCUACAAGCUGAGUCUGGUUCAUGGUGAAGGUGAGCAGAGCAUCUGUGAUAUUGGACAGCUGGAGAACUUUCCUGACUGGACGUCGUGGAUAGGCAUGGAGAACCUUCCAGAACCUUCUAGAACCUCAUGAAGACAAUUCUGAAAGCCAAGUGAUGAAGUUCCAGAACCUCAUUAUGAAAUAUUUGUGGUCCUUGAUAGACCAAAAUUCAAGCGCUGAAUGUUGAAACCUCUGCAGUCGCUGCCUUGACUACCAUGAUGUCAUCUCAGUAAAUCUGUUUCUUCUUGAUUUGACAUUAAUUUCAGAUGUUCUGAAAAGCUGUGAAUGUUAGUAAAAUGUAUUUAAUGGUUUGAGGCUCUCUGAUUGGUGUUGUUUGGCUACUUUACCUCCUUUCCUCCUGUCAAAUAUAAUUUGGUCCCAGGUGCUCUGAUGCCAGAUAACUUGACUGAAUUCCGUUUAUGCACCUUUCUCUACCAAACUACACCAGCUAACUUGUUUUAUGCCAAAGUUUUAUGCCAAACCAGGUGACAGGUUUGUUUCCUACUGUGUGUUCGUUUACCUCAAAUACAACAUUUCUGAUCUGUUAUAUCAAAAAAAUAAAAGAUAAUUUGGAUCUUA